UUGGGUUGUUCUCGAGUAAUGGAGAGUUAUGAGGAGUUCUCCAGCAGGACGCUACAGUCUUUGCUGUCCGCCUGCAGUUCCUAUCCUCCGCCGCAGAGGGCGCUGGUGUCCAACUCACAGCUGCGCUUCAGCGGCAGGACACUGCUGGAGCCUGUGCUGAGUGUGGAUCAGCGUGCGCAGAUGUUGAAUCACAGACACACAGCUGUGCAGAGAGACAGAAACAGACACAGAAGACACACAGACGCUCUUCUGCAGCGUGUGCAGGACGUCCUGAUCAACAUACAGCUGAAUAAUCCCCAGGAUGCUCCAGCCACUGCAGUGACGUCCUCCUCCUCCUCCUCGUCCUCCAUCUGCUCUGAUCUAAAGAGAGAGACCCUCCGUCUGCUGAACCAGCGCAUGGAGAAGCGCCUCUCUGAUGACUCUGCUGACUCCAGCCUGUCUCUCUCUCUCAGUGUGACGGGCUCGUACACAGAUGCCUACAUUACCCAGAUUCCCCGGGCCUCAGGUCAGCCGCAGCCCACCGGCACAGCGGAGACCCCGAGCACACCGCAUCAUCAUCUCCAGCCCCAUCAGCCAAUCGCAGCUCAGCCCAGAAUCAGCAUCACCACCGGCAGUCUCAGAGAUGGGUGACGGACAGCU